UAACGGCCCCACAGAGUAGCUCUAAGCCCUCCACCUUCUCUCCUCUGCUUUAAUACUUCAGAACGUUUCCCCAAGACCACAAACUCCCCAACCCCGGUCAUCCCGCUCCCGAUACCUGUUCACCGUCAUCGUAGUGGGGGGACAUCACGCCCCCAAGAAAAAGAAAUAGCAGAAGAAAAGACCGGGUAUAUCCUCCGCUGCUGAGGAAAGGAUGCAGAUGCCGAAUGCUGAAUGCCGAAUGCAGUGCAAUUCCCCAUUCACAUCCCUCUUUCAUUUCCUUUUCCGUUGAUCUCCUUUCCGUUCAUUUCCUUCGCAGUUUAUUUCAUUAAGCCGUCUAUGAAAAUGUCCGUUCCUCGUAUAUUCUUUCCGCUUACCCACCCUCCUCUCCAAUCCGUUCGCCUGAGUCCAGUGUUGGAAGUGUUGUUGUUGAGAGCGUUGGUUGGUAGGUUGGCUGGUGUCGUGUGUAUGUACAUGUUGCAUGACGAGAAAUGCUUGCCGGUUCCGGUCGGGGUUGGCGUGAUAUGUUCGUCGUUGUUCAUUACCCAUUAUCGCCUUCCCUGUCUUGGAGGACAGGUCAGGAUUUUGAAGUGGCUGAGGCUGCGACCCCAGCUGGCUGGCAGGGCGUGGUGCUGAAGGGUCUCUCUUCGAAAGCGGGUGGCAGUCGGCUUCGAUAAGAGAGAUUGGGUGGCCGGGGUUAUCGUCUACUGUAAUGUUAAACGCAGAUAA